AUGCUCGAUGUCUUCGAGCGACUCGGAGGCGAUGGCUGGCCGGAUGAGCCAAAGAUGCCCAUGCUCGAUGCACCACCCGUACCUGCAUAUUCGAUUUGUCUGACAUUGUUGUGGCCGGUGCCGGUGUUCAUCUUCUGGCUUCUGGAUUUUCUUCUAACUCGCCGAAGACGCACAGUCCGCCAAUCCAGCGCGGAUACAGACGUGGGACAACAGCAGUCAGGAGCGCAUGACGAGGACACAGACGCUUCACAAGAUUAUCCGCUACGUUUGGGCACGUUCGCGCGGGAAACACGGCCCGGCCAUUUUCCAGUGAUGCUGGCAUCUUUGGAGCAUUCCUUGCCGCACUUGGCAAAAGGUCGGGCAACGGCAGGAGGACUGGGAAAAGUCGUCGAUCUCAUUGCCAGGAAGCAUCCAUCCGACAUAUUGCUGGUUCAUCCGAUGCUGAAAGAGGAGGAUGGAAAACUGCAGUACGGGCAAGCACACGAAGAGUUAAUGCCUCUCCGACUCGUGAUCGGCGGUGAGCAUUGCAACGUCCGAGUGUAUAGGUGCGUACCGCCACAGGAUCCGGGCAUGACAGAUGUUCGAGUGGAGUUCCUCAUGUUAUCGCAUGAGAUUUUCCAAUCACGGACGCUAGAUGGCAUUUAUCCAAAUCCUCUGUCGCGACGAGCAGUCCUGAAGUUCUUUUCGCUGUGGAACCAAGCGGUGGGUGCUCUAUUGGCUCGUCACAAGCCCCGCGUCUUUCAUUGCCCAGAUUUUCAUACUGCUAUCGCACCCUGGUACGCGUUGCCGGAGCAUCCAGACUUGCGAAUGCUUCUUGUGCUGCACAACGCAGAAUAUCAGGGAACUAUCAGCACAGACAUGAUUUUUGGGAGCAGGCUCAGCACCAUAGCCUCAUUGUUCAACUUGCCACCGCGAAUGGUGGAGGACCAUCUGGUUCUGGAUGGGCGGUUUAACAUGCUCAAAGCAGGAGUCGAUUUCGUGCGAGAGAAGCAAGGUGGUCGUGGCGUUUGUGCAGUCUCCCAGUGGUAUGCAGCUGAGUGUCAUGCAAACUACGGCGUUCUGUGGCCAUUGCCGAGUAUACAAGGUUUGGACAAUCCAAUGCUCGAAGAGGAGCGAGCUGUUGUUACAGGGGAUAUCAAUCAAGCUAAGGCCGAAGCGAAGCAUCGCAUCCAAAGGAGGUUUGGUCUUCAAGAAAACCCCAACGCACGCCUCUUCGUUUCAUUAGGGCGACUGGUGCGCCAGAAGGGCGUCGACCUAAUCGCGGAUGUUGCGGGAUGGCUUCUGUCCGAGCAUGUGGAUGCGCAGUUGAUCUUGGUGGGUCCCAUUGGGGAUGGGUUUGGCCACUAUGCUGCCAGCAAGCUGCAGCAGCUGGACGAGAACGGACAGUAUCAGGGGCGAUUGUAUGUGAACAUCCAGUUCAUGCGAGAUCCUGAAGCUCUGAAGGACAUGAAACUCGGUGCGGAUUUCUGCCUCAUGCCUUCGCGCGAUGAGCCGUUCGGUUACGUGGACAUUGAGUUUGCUUGGCACGGAGCCUUGUUGGUUGGCGCUCAAGCUGGAGGAUUGGGGAAGGUGCCUGGCUUUUAUUUCCUGGCCCAGAACAGGGAGAAUUUGGGGCGACUGCGAAAGGAAUUGCGCUCGGCAGUGUCUCAAGCAAUGCGAGCACCAAGAUCACAGCUUGAGAGUAUGGCCCAAGCGGCUGUCCGCUGUAGCUUUCCCUUGGAGCACUGGCAGCGGCGGUUGGCAGCGGCAUAUGGGGCCGUGACAGAAGGUGUGCCAAUGCUGCCGAGGGAACAGUCUGCACAGAGCCUCGCAACUUUGGGCGACUGCCAGGACGACGCCUCGCAAGGAUUUCGAGAGGUGGCAGCUCCGCCAGGUUCAACAAUUGAAUUCAACGAGAGUCCGGGACGACGUGCGGGGAUGCGAACGUUCCGACCGUACGCUGACGCAUCAGCUGCCGUACUUUUGACUCCGGUGCAGCCAGUGCAAUCAGGUGAUUCAGCAGUCACGGCGGGCCCGUUUCGAGGUGCUGCCCCGGUGUCAGCCGUAGCUUCGGCUGUCGGCGAAGAGUACCACCACGUUAAUGCCAGCUUCGCACGCUCUGCGGCUGGACCAGAGUUCAUGACGCAGGAAUUGGACGAAGACGAGCUCGCAGAGAGAGUGAAGCAAAAAGUUCGUGCCCAUCACUGGGGCAUUGACGAGAUACUGGAAAGCGUUGGUGCGGAUGUGGACUUUGAGCGUGAAGGCAGUCCAAUGGCGCGAUGGUUACUUGGUCGGACCUGCGGUGUCCAGCGGGUCCACAUUCUCGUCGCACUGGGCUACGUGGCUUCACCUGUUGCCGAGUUCUUGACGUUCCUGACUGCCACCGAGUGGGGUCUGAGAGGCGGGGAAACCGUGCCGCGAUUCGCCCAGCGGCUCUUCGGUGAAAAAAUAGACCCUCCUAUCUUGAACAUGUUGCUGUUUGCCAUCAACGCUCUCGCGUUCAGCGUGGCAGCGCCCUUCUGGGCUGUGCUGAGCCGCUAUUUCCAGCCCAGGCGGAUCAUGGCAGUCAGUCUGCUGUGCUUUGCUCAGUUGUAG